UACUUCGGGCGACUGUCAACAUGUGUAAGCCUCGUUGGUGUUAGCACAGUUGAAGUUGAACUUGUUCCUUGUUCAGUUUAUGUUAGAAAUGUUUUGACUGUAUGUGUGGAUUAAAUAAAAUGAUGAAACCAGGAGAAUGCAAGUAACGUCAAAGGGUGCCAUUUAGAUAGCACAUCAAAAUGAAUAAAUCAAAUUACAUGGCUCCGUACAAAAUUGUGUUUAUUCGUCAUGGUGAAAGUGUUUACAAUGAAGAGAAUAGAUUCUGUGGUUGGCAUGAUGCAGAUCUUUCAGUUCAAGGUGUAAAUGAAGCUAAACAAGCUGGUCAGCUUCUCCGUCAAAAUCAAUUUACUUUUGAUAUUGCCUAUACAAGUGUUCUAAAAAGAGCAAUUAAGACGUUGAACUUUGUUCUAGAUGAACUUGAUCUGAAUUGGAUUCCCGUCUCAAAGACUUGGCGUUUAAAUGAGCGGAUGUAUGGUGCUCUUCAAGGAUUGAAUAAAUCAGAAACUGCAGCUAAACACGGAGAAGAGCAGGUUAAAAUAUGGAGACGAGCAUACGACAUACCCCCUCCUCCAGUUGACAUUGAAGAUCCUCGCUUCCCAGGAAACGAAGCGAAGUAUGCAUUGCUCGAUAGUUCAUGUAUACCACGCACAGAAUGCUUAAAAGACACAGUACAACGUGUACUUCCUUUGUGGUUUGAUACUAUUGCUGCGAAUAUUAAGUCUUGCAAACGUAUUCUGAUUGUUGCUCAUGGAAAUAGUUUACGGGCUCUUAUCAAGUACUUGGAUAAUGUAUCUGACUCAGAUAUUGUAGAACUCAAUAUACCUACUGGUAUUCCUCUUGUUUACGAACUUGACAAUAACUUAAGACCAAUUAAACACUAUUAUCUAGCUGAUGAGGCAACAGUUGCAGCUGCUAUUGCUCGUGUAGCCAAUCAAGGCAAGAAGAAAUAAACAACUUUCGAUCACUAAGUGAAUGCUUUUCAUUUUCUGUCUUCAUGUAGUAAUCCUCCCCCGAAUGUGAACUGUGAUGAUGAUGAAUCAUAUGUAGUUGACUUUUAACUUACAGUAUCUGACAUGCACACAUGCACAGUUGAUUGGUGGUUCACUCAUUGUAAUUUUAAUUGAUGAAAUCAAGUAAAUAUACUUUUCUGAUCA